AUGUUAGUAUUGAAAAACAUGUUCCUUGACAAAAUAAAACCAACUACAGAAAUAAACGACGCAAGACUGAAAGAUUGGGUAAAAGCUUUCCCAUUCACAAAAGAUAUAGUUGGUAACAUGGAAAGAAAACCAGAAUGGCUACAAAAACAUAUAUUUGGAAACGAGCUUAUUCCAUAUGGACAGGCUCUGUUUGAAGAGCUUGAACCGGAAACUCAGGAAAGAGUCAUGCAAACAAUACGCAAAGACUCAAAUACAAACUAUGACAAACUCUUUCUAGGAUAUAGGUUACCUGAGAUGGGCGACCAGAGCCCAAAGGCAAAAAGGACAUGGGAAAUUUACAACAUACUAGGUGAACAUGAGGCAAAGAUGCAACAACUUGAAGCAGAGGGCAAGUUACCAAAAGCGACACCAAAGAAGAAGAGAAGAGUAGAACAAAGUGAAAGUAGUGAAGAACUAACUUCAUCUAGUGAAAGUAGUGGCAAUGAAGGAAAAAGAAGAGUUAAAAACUCAGUCAGGAAGAAAGUAAAGCUUGGUCCACGUGGGUUCUAUUAUGACACAUAA